GAGAAAGAGAGGUAGCCAGGUAUAAAAUACAUCAUUUCUGCUGACUAAGGUUAGCAGCAAAGGACAAGAAGAAGAAAGACGAUGUCUGCUGAAACUACCAAAGAGGAAAACCAGACAUCUCCACCUGUGCAAGUUGGAUGGCCAAUGUUCUAUUGUCCCAUCUCACAAGUUCACAGUGAUGGAGAGAUUUCAAGGAUCCGCAAAGAAUGCAAAAAGGAAAGUUUCUGGUACAGAGCUCUUCCUUUGUCUCUUGGGAGCAUGCUUGUCACCCAGGGACUAGUCUCGAAAGGCAUUUUGUCAGCAAACCCAAAACUCGGAGCAUUACCUAAGAUGGCAAUUGCUGGUGUCUUGGGCUUUGGCAUAGGAAAGAUGUCAUACAUAGGAGAAUGCCAAAAAAAGUUUCAGAAAAGUGGCUAUGGUCCGAAAAAAAAAAGGCAUUGUCAUCACACGUGCAAAGAAUGUGAAGCAAAACUGAAAUCAAAGGAGAAGGAAGGCUCAGCAUCUUACUCCCAGAUCUGGUGAAGGUGACAAAAAUUCUAUGGACCAGCCUCUUCUUUCAAGUCUUUAUUUUGUAGAGAAGACAUAAUGCCUUUAGUUUAGUGUAGAUCACCCUACCUGAAGUAGCUGCAUAAUCUUAAUAUGGUUCUGUCCAUAGCAAAUACGAGUUUCUUGUAAUGUAAUGUACUUUUUUAGUUUUUCCUCUCCAUUCUCAGCAUGUGCUUUUUAUUUUUUUAUUUUUUUCCUCCCUUCAGUGCAGUUUAGCACUUAGUGCUGAAAUAGUAGAGUUGAGAAAGAAGCCUGAGGGUACGUUCUGUAUACAAACAGCAGGACAUACGAGCAUUCAUGAGUUAUCUCAGAAAAUCAAGAGCAGACACUUCCUCAAACA